GAGGAAGGGGAGGGGAGGCCGCAGGCUCAGGCUGGGCAGUUUGUUCCAGCUCCAGCUGGGCCCGAAGUCUUCAGUCUUCAAGCUGCCACCAGCGUUCUCAGGCCCUGACUCGCAGCCGCCACUCACCAUGGCUAUGAAGGUAGACAGCAGGCCCGGGGGGCUGCCCGGCGGCGGCUGUGACCCAGGCACAGCCCGAGAGCACGUGCAGGCAGUCACCCGAAACUACAUCACCCACCCCCGAAUCACCUACAGGACGGUGUGCAGUGUCAAUGGGCCCCUGGUGGUGCUGGACCAGGUCAAGUUCGCCCAGUAUGCUGAGAUUGUCAACUUCACGCUGCCUGACGGGACUCAGAGGAGUGGCCAAGUGCUUGAGGUGGCUGGGACCAAGGCUAUUGUUCAGGUGUUUGAAGGAACCUCUGGGAUUGAUGCCCAGAAGACCACCUGUGAGUUCACAGGGGACAUUCUACGGACCCCUGUGUCCGAGGACAUGUUGGGUCGGAUUUUCAAUGGCUCUGGCAAACCCAUUGACAAAGGGCCCAUGGUCAUGGCGGAGGACUUUCUGGACAUCAAUGGCCAACCCAUCAACCCCCAUGACCGAAUCUACCCUGAGGAGAUGAUUCAGACAGGCAUUUCUCCCAUUGAUGUCAUGAACAGCAUUGCCCGUGGUCAGAAGAUCCCCAUCUUCUCGGCGGCGGGGCUCCCCCACAAUGAGAUUGCGGCCCAGAUCUGCCGCCAGGCUGGGCUGGUGAAGAAAUCCAAAGCCGUGCUGGAUUAUCACGAUGACAACUUCGCCAUCAUCUUUGCAGCCAUGGGGGUGAACAUGGAGACAGCCAGGUUCUUCAAGUCCGACUUCGAGCAAAACGGGACUAUGGGGAAUGUCUGCCUCUUCCUGAACUUGGCCAAUGACCCCACGAUCGAACGGAUCAUCACCCCACGCCUGGCACUGACCACUGCCGAGUUCCUCGCCUACCAGUGUGAGAAGCACGUGCUGGUCAUACUGACGGACAUGAGCUCCUACGCAGAGGCCUUGCGGGAGGUCUCAGCUGCCAGAGAGGAAGUGCCUGGGCGCCGAGGCUUCCCGGGAUACAUGUACACAGACCUGGCCACCAUCUACGAGCGGGCGGGCCGCGUGGAGGGCCGGGGCGGAUCCAUCACACAGAUCCCCAUCCUCACCAUGCCCAAUGAUGAUAUCACCCACCCCAUCCCUGACCUGACGGGUUUCAUCACUGAAGGACAGAUCUACGUGGACAGACAGCUACACAACAGACAGAUUUACCCCCCUAUCAACGUGCUCCCUUCCCUGUCGCGACUGAUGAAAUCUGCCAUUGGGGAGGGCAUGACCAGAAAGGACCACGGGGACGUCUCCAACCAGCUGUACGCCUGCUACGCCAUCGGGAAGGACGUGCAGGCCAUGAAGGCGGUGGUCGGGGAGGAGGCGCUCACCUCCGAGGACCUGCUCUACCUGGAAUUCCUGCAGAAGUUCGAGAAGAACUUCAUCAACCAGGGCCCCUACGAGAACCGCUCGGUGUUCGAGUCUCUGGACCUGGGCUGGAAGCUGCUGCGAAUCUUCCCCAAGGAGAUGCUGAAGCGCAUCCCGCAGAGCGUGCUCGAUGAGUUCUACUCCCGCGAGGGGGCGCCGCAGGACUCCGCGUCCGACACGGCGCUCUAGGCCCGCGCGCCCCGCCCCGCGCCCGUGCCCCAGCGCCCACCGCCGCGCACCCUCCCCGCCCACCACUCCCGUCGGCUUCCGCCGGAGCUCGGGGCUCGGCGCCCGCCUCCUGCCCCUGCGGGCUUUGGGGGUCCGCGAGCUCCAUCGCUCUUCCUCCCCUCGCAGCACUGGGAAAGGACAGGGGGCUGUUAAACUCGCGACCUAUGGCUUAGUCGGACAGGAGCAUCCGUAUUUUUAUGUUAAAUGGCAUUUUGUAUGUUUAUGUGGUACCGGAGAUCCUGCAAGCUCUCUACCGCUGGGGUGCACCCCCAGCUGUGUAUUUUUAUGUAAAAAAAAAACUGAGAUGAAUUUAUCUCAGGUGAAAGAAAGAAAGGUAAUUGUUGAAGGUGUAGGUGAUAAAUACAUGAAGUUCAUUAAACUAUUUUUUCCCUAAAAUCAUAUCAAGUGGCUGAGGCAAGAGGAUCAAAAGUUGAAGCCAGCCUGGUCAACUUAGCAAGACCCUGUCUCAAAAUUUAAAAAAAAAAAAAAAAAAAGUGAAGAGUGCUGGAGACACAACUCAACCCUUCCUGGGGUUCAAGCCCCGGUACCACAGAGGAAAACAAGCGAACAAAAAUUGCUUUAAUGCCGAAAGAAGUGACAAUAGAAUUCCUCGGAGGAUGAUAUGUAUCUUUUUAAAGAAAUAUCUUGCUAAAUUUCUUGAGUAGAACUUGAGCUCAGGGGCCAUAGAAGAGAAAAUCAUAGCCACACACGACUUUUUUUUACUUUAAACGUCUCUGCCUGAGAGAGACUGGGGGUUAUUUGGUGUACCGCAGACAGGGAGGGAGGGUAGUUGCCAGGGAUAUAACCCGAGGGACAUGAGAGACAGGGGUGCAGGAAAGAUCCCAAAGGAAAAAAUGGGUGAAGAGCAUUCUGAAACUCAGGAUGCCUGGAACUCCUUUGAAAGCUGCCUGCUCUUCUGUGAUGUCAUCUCCUCUUCUGUUCCUCUGCCCCUACAAAGAAGUCAUCAAAGCAGUCAUCCGCAAAGAAUUCAUGAAUGCUUCUUAAAACGGAAAGGGUUGGUGGGGAAGAUAGAACUUUAGCCAAGAAAUGAUCUUCCUUUCUGAGUCAUUGUGGCCUAGAACCCUGUCAGAAUUCUUGAAUGAAGAACUAACAGUAAAAGAGGCCCAAAGGUACACGUCCCACUCCCAGGACAAUUCAUAGCCGUUUUGGGGAAAGCUUAGGCUGUGCACAGGGCAUAGAGUUGCUUUUGUUUGAUAACAGCUUUAGUGAGAUAUGAUUCACAUACUAUACAACUUACCUAUUUCUAACUAUAUGAUUUAAUAGUUUUUAGUACAUUCACAGAGUUGAAUGACCAUGACCCCAAUCAAUUUUAGAACAUUUUUAUUGCCCCGCCAAAGAAAUCCUUUACCCUCAGCCAACCCAUUCCUUCCCCAGCCCUAAGCAACUAUGAAUCUACUUUGUAUCUCUAUGUAUUUGCCUAUUCUGGACAUUUCAUAUAAAUGGAAUCAUACAAUA